AUGGAUUCGAGCGGUAUUACCGAAGAGAUUCUCACGAUACUUAAGGAACGAGACAUUCCUAUCAAACGGGAUGCGAUUGAGUCAGCUUUAAGCGAUCCUAAAACAGCUCGCAAGAAUGCGGAGUGGCUAUCGAAGCAUCUGCGGUCAGAGACUCUGCUCUCCAAGGAGGAGCUUUCAUUGUAUGCAAAGCUAGAAACCUCCGGCGCCCUCCAGCCCCUCCUCCGUGACCUUGCCCUCAGCGCGACCCGACCCUUCCUAGAAGAAGACAUUCGAAGCACGAUCGAUUCUCUCGAGGCAUCGACAGCUGCUAUUCAGAAACAGUCACAGGUGCUGUCGUUACAAUGUGAAAUGAUCAAGAAGCAGUUACGUUCCCAGAGGAGCUUGGACGAGGAUAAAACUCGGGAUAUUGCACGACUGCGAAAGAAGCACGAAGCUGGGAAACAAAACGUGACAGUUUUGGGUAACGAAAUUUUCGACGAGCUCGAGAUUUCCAUCAAAAGUGAGACCGACAAGGCAGGGGCAGAGAAUAAGCGAAUUCUCUCAGCCCUGUCCACCCGCCUAAAGCAAGACGAUAAAACCCUCGCAUUAUUGGAAAGUGUAUUGUCCGAGACAGAAUCCAAAGGGGAUGACGCGUCCACCGUAAAGCGUGCGGCACAUCUCAGCCAACUGCUUGCGGACUAUAGUGCGGACGAGAUCCAUCAUCGCCUCGAUCGACUCUACCUCGAGGCUAUACAAGCGAGCGCAAACGCAAGCCGCGACGGAACAGCAGGAGACGAGACGAUUGGCGUACUCGAGGAAGAGCUGGAAUCUCUGUACCCAGAAAUCGAAGUUCUGGCCCAAAUAUCGACCAAGCAUCAGUUUCACGAUCCUAUCCUUCGCGAGAUUCACAACGAGCGCAGCCAUCUUCGGGCAUCAUCGCAGCAAAAACUGGAACAUACUCUGGACGUCUUAAUAGACAUGACUCUGUCCAAGCAAUCAUUAACAACGCAGCUGGCAGAUUGGGAGUCAGCCUGCGAGGUUCUGGUGAACAUCACAACACUAUACCAGACAGAAACCGCCAAUCGCCUUGUAGCUCAACCCUCCAGAAGAGAAUCACUGAGACGAUGGUCUGUACAAUCUGGAAUGAUCCUCGGGGCUACACGUACCCCUGCUUCGCGGCCUGAGCUACCCUCUCUAGAAAAUCUCUUGCGUCGGAUUGGUGUAUCACUAGAUUCCAUACUCCAUCCACGGAUAGAAGAGGGCGGUGCACAAGGGCUUUACGAGAAGCGAAUGCAAAUGCUGGAAACGGUCCGACGGCUCGGCACGAGUACGGAAUCCCCCAUAAGGGAGCACUUUAAUCACUCUGAUCAGGCAGCACAGCUGCUCGAGUCCUCAUUACACGGGAACUCCCGAUACGAAACGUCUUUGCGAAAUGCCGGUCAAGAGGAGGCCCUGUUAGGCCUAGAGGCUGAAAUUGCCUCACUUCAGAAAGGAGUAGAGGGACUGGAUUUGAACGUGCUCCACCAGCGAGACAAAGCACAAGCUAGAUUCAUCGAGCGAUGGGGUUAA